GGGCUCGCUAUGGUCGGAAUGUCCCUCAACUCCACCUCCCUCUGCAUGGAGUGGAUCCCGACGGAGGCGCGGGCCGUGGUGGGCACCAUCAACGGCUACAGCUACACCCUGGGGCAGUUCGUGUUGGCCGGCGCCGCCUUCGCCCUCCCCCGCUGGCGGCAGCUCCAGCUCGUGGUGUCCCUGCCCUUCUUCCUCUUCUUCCUCUACUCCUGGCUGUUCGUGGAGUCGGCUCGCUGGCAGGUGACCUCGGGCAGGGCGGACCUGGCCCUGCGGGGGCUGCGAAAGGUGGCCCGGAUCAACGGCAGGAAGGAGGAGGGGGACAAGCUCAGCGAGGAGGCUCUGGGGGCUCUGGUGCUGCAGGAGCGGGGGCGGGCGGGGGGCGCGGUGGCGGCGCUGGUCCGGACCCCCGGCAUGAGGACGGUGUCCUGCGGGGUGGCCUUCGUCUGGUUCUCCACCAGCUUCGCCUACUACGGGCUGGCCAUGGACCUGCAGGGCUUCGGGGUGGACGUGUACCUGAGCCAGCUGGUGUUCGGGGCCGUGGACAUCCCGGCCAAGUUCCUGUCCGUCUUGGCCAUCUCGGGGCUCGGGCGCCGCGCGGCGCAGGGCGGGGCCCUGGCGCUCGCCGGGCUCUGCAUCCUCGCCAACAUCUUCGUGCCCAGCGAGCUGCCGACGCUGCGAAUGGCCUUCGCCGUGGUGGGGAAGGGCUCCUUGGCCGCCUCCUUCAACUGCGCCUACAUCUUCACCGGGGAGCUCUUCCCCACCAUCAUCAGGCAGACGGGGAUGGGCCUGGGGGGCACCCUGGCCCGCGUGGGGGGGAUGGUGGCCCCCCUGGUGCGCCUGGCGGGUGACGUGACCCCGGCCCUGCCCCUCGUCAUCUACGGGGCCGCCCCCCUCGUGUCGGCCGUGGCCACCGCCCUCCUGCCCGAGACCCGCAACGUCCCCCUGCCCGAGACCGUCCGCGACGUCGAGAGGCGCGCCGGGCACCUGCGGGACGAGGACGUCGCCGUCCCCCUGAGCAGCACCAAGAGCAAGGACGGCGCCUGAGGGGGCAGGGACAGGACCCCCCCGGGGUGGGGUGGGGGUCGGGACCCCCCCGGGGGGUCGUGGGACCCCCCCUCACCUUCCCCCCUCCCCCCGGAGGUUAUUUAUUUGACCCCAAUAAAUUCUCCUCCCAUCGGGGUCCGACGUCACUCGCGGCCCCUCCGGGGGAUCCCCCGGGCCUGGGGGUCCCCCCACCCCCCCAAAAGGGGGUCCGGGGGUCCGGGUCCCCCUCCCUGACCCCCCCCCCGGAGGAGGUUUGUGGGGAUUGAUCGGAAUUCCCGGAGCUCGUUCCGCCCUUUGCCCCAAUUCGGGCGAUUUGGCAGCGAAAUAAAUCCGGGCGGGGGAUUAA